GAAGCUUCCGCUGACGUCAGUGCGCACGGCUAACCAGGCUGCAGCUGUCAGACAACAACAACAACAACAAGCAGAACCGGAGCCGGCGGUUCUGACAGCGCCUGUCUCCCGCCGGAACCCGCACGAUGUCCCUCUGAAAGUGACGCCGACCGGCGCUACUUUGUCCUCCGCGCUGAAAACCGGUUCGUCGUCGCUGGUGACGCCGGAGACUCGGCCUGAGGGAGCGGGUCGACUCGGCGGCUUCUGGGUUAGUGGGCCUGACGGUGUCGGGACCGGCGGUUCGUCUGUCGCUCGUUUGGUUCCCGCCUUGCGGGCCGUGGAGCAUGCAGGCUAACGGGGCUGCUCAAAACCGGGAGCCUGACGUGUCGUGCAGAAACGGCGCCCCGAACGGGGAGUCGUCCUCCAGCGGAGCCGCUCACUCCAACGGACCUCUGCCCGCCAUCAACAACGGCAGCGCCGCCAUCAGCAGCAGCGGCGGCGCGUCGGAGGGCGCCGCGGGCUCGAGGAAGAAGAAGCACCUGUCCCAGUCCGAGGAGGACGUGAUCCGGCUCAUCGGCCAGCAUCUGCACGACCUUGGGCUGAAUCAGACCGUGGACCUACUGAUGAAGGAAUCUGGCUGCCGCCUGGAGCAUGCCUCUGCCACCAAGUUCCGGAACCACGUUCUGGAUGGAGAGUGGGAUAAGGCUGACAGUGACCUGAACGAGCUGAAGGCUUUGAUGCAUUCUCCGAGUGCUGUUGUGAGGAUGAAGUUUCUGCUCCUGCAGCAGAAGUACCUGGAGUUUCUGGAGGACGGGAAAGUCCUGGAGGCCCUGCAGGUGCUGCGCGCCGAGCUGACACCUCUGAAGUUCAACACGGAACGCAUCCACAUCCUGAGCGGUUACCUGAUGUGCAGCCAUGCAGAGGACCUGCAGGCCAAAGCGGAGUGGGAGGGGAAAGGUUUGGCGUCCAGAACCAAACUGCUGGACCGUCUGCAGAGUGAGUGCAGUCUGUCAAACCCAGCCCCCUUCCAGCCCUUUGCAUCUCUUCGUAAGCAUUAUUCGUUCAUGAGCACACCUGUAAUUCUGUCUUCUGUUCUUAAUGCAGUUUGUUUGGAACAAAGCAUCAGCUCAUCUUCAAGACUAUGGAGCUAAAUCGGGGCCAAUAUU